UUCAAGGUAAAACCCUACUCUCUCUCUCUCUCACUCUCUCUCCCAGUACUAUAGUUAUGUGCAUAGACACAGGCCUGAACUGGUUUUUCUCACUGGAGCUCUACCUAGCAUCCAAAUCAAUGGUAGAUAUACCAUUCAAAAAACAUGAAAAUCUACCAAAUUAAUGGUAGAUAUAUGGUAAUAUAGACAUAGACAUAAGCCACAAAAAGAAGCAUGUUAGCUCUCACUUGUUAAAAUUCUUCAUUCAUUCUUUUGUGACAGAUGAUUAUCCAAUUCAAUUCAUUAGUUCAGUUUUGAUGGUUAGAUAGUCUGUUUAGUGUUAUGCCAAGCAUUCCAAUGAGUUAUGGACAUGCAUGUGUUUCACAUACAUACAUGCAUUAGUGCAUAUACAGGUUUUAUCAUGUUUUUGUACUAAUUUUUGCAUGCAUAUGCAUUACAUCCAUGCAUACAUGCCUGUACAAAAGGAGAUUUAAUGCUAGGAGACUAUUUAUCUUUCAUACAAAGAGCUGAUAAUCACCCAUAAACAUCAAAGGCAAAAGAGUGAUUUACAUUCAGACCCUAAUUUUUUUUUAAAAAAUACGAAAUGCUUCAUUCAUAAGCCGAAAUCACAAAAAAAGUCGGUUGACUGCUUUUUUUUCUUUUCCACAUUGCCCUUCGGUUUGAGGAUGGAAUACUUGGUCUAAAUUUUAACUUACUCUUUUUAAUUUUUUCGUUAGUAUGACAGUGCCCGAAGCUUUAGGAUAGUGCCUUACUAACAAAAAAACUAAAAAAAAAAUUUAAAAUUUGGUCGGAGGAUGUCUUUAGACUGAGGGGCAAUUUUGAAAUAAAUAAAUAAAUAUGUGAGUUGACCUACUUUCUUUGUAAUUUUCACUUAUAAAUGGAGCAUUUUAUAUUUUAGGAAAUAAUUUAGUGUCCGUAAGUAAAUCACUCAAUCGAAAAAAUAAGGUGCCAAAGUUCAAAAACUUUCUUUGGACUUUGAGCCCAGUCAACAAGACACUCCCAACUACCCGAUUUCAUAUCCAACGGCUAAAAUUGAUCGUGACUUCCUUAUACCAAACCGGCCUUAUUUACUUUUCUUAUACAUAUACACACAUGCACAUGAACUUCUUUUUUUCAAAAAAGAAUUACAUGUACAUGAAUUAAUUUCCUUUAAAAUGUACAGUAACUCAGUUUUUAAUUUUAGGCCACCAAUUUUAUGUAACUGAACAAAAAUGGAGUACUUAAUCAAAGGUAUGUAGCAUGCACACAUGUGCACAUACACACACAUGUUAGUAGUAUAUGUUUGACAUUAGCAAAAUACAAAUGUGGAAAGAACUAAAAUUUAGGAAAAGAAAAGCUAGUAAACUCAUCAUGUGAAAGAUCAAGAAAAUCACAGGAAUAUAGCUGGUGGGGUCAAAUCAAAUAUAAAGAAAUUGAGAACUAUGGGAGGUGCAAAAGGGCGCUUUGAUGAGAGAGAGAGAGGGGAAAAAGAAGAGGGUGCUUCUACUUCUGAGAGAAAACUCACGAAGAAGAGCAUGAAUGAGAGAGACAAGAAGAGGGUAAUUCCACUUCUAAGGAAAACUCUUGAAGAAAAGUAUGAGAGAAAGAAAGGAGUGUGCUUCCACUUCUUAGAGAGAGUUCAUGAAGACGAGUAUUAGAGAGAGAAAAAAAAAGAAGUGGGUUCUUCUACUUCUAAAAGAGAACUCUUGAAGAACAGUAUGAAUGAGAGAGACAAGAAGCGUGUGCUUCCAUUUCUAGGGAAACUCUUGAAAGCUAGUACGAGAGAGAGAGUGCUUCCACUUCUUAGAGACAAUUUAUGAAAAAGAAGUAACGAGCAAAGUCAAUGAUAGCAAAAUCAAACUAUUGGCUGGGCUUUUUGCUAUAGCGAAGCACAAUGUCUUUCGCAGCAGAAAAAAGCCUCUUCAACUUGUGCUUUUAUGUUCAGUGUUGCACAGCACUCUCAAACUUUUUGACAUUUAGAGAGAGAGGAAAAAGAAGAAGGUGCUUCAUCUUCUAAGGGAAAACUCUUGAAGAAGAGUAUGAAUGAGAGAGACAAGAAGAGGGUGCUUCCACUUCUAAGGAAAACUCUUGAAGAAGAGCAUGAGAGAGAGAGAAAGAGAGAGGGUGCUUGUUUGAAAAGUGAAUGAUGAGAGAGACACAAAUGGGCCCAAAAAGCUCAAAAUAUGGUGCUCUAAAGAAUCUCACUUUUGUUAAGGCACCGUGGGUGUGAAUAAAUAAUUACAAAACCUUCAUGUUGACUUUAGUAAUGUUGUUACUACCAAACUUCUAUAUACUAAACCUAGCUAAGAAUCUUUUCUCAACUUUUUUGUCAAACUAGAAAUAAUCCAUUAAGAUUUUAAUACUUUAACAUUGAACAUUAAGAAUUAUGAUUGACCCAUGUAUGUAUGGUUAAAGCUUUUUCGGUGUAUUUUCACACAUAAUUUAUGUGCUUGGAGACCCACAAAAUCAAACAACUAGAAGAGACAAGAGAAUGUCACUAGUUGGCUCCAAGAAUGUUUAGUACGUCACAAAUGAACAGCCUCGUUCUUGGCACACUGUCAGCAAUCCAAUCAAAUCAAAUGGUUGAAUGACUCUGAGAAUAUAUAAAUUAUAUAUGUAUGGGGACAUAUAGGAAGUAUUGCCAUACAAAUAUUUAGCUCUAAACAACAAUAUAUGCACAUAUAUUUGCACAAAUUAUUUCUUAGAAUCUAGUCUACCCAUUCACAGUCAAACACAGGCAUGCACAUAUAAGUGCAUGCAUGAACUUAUCAUAAAUACACACACAUGUAUAUAUGUAUGUAUACACAUGUAUGAAGACAUACUUCUACAUGUUUGCACAUAUAGGCAUACAUGCAAGGACAUGUAUAAACUUUCAUGCCUGCAUACAUGUUUGCAUAUAAUUUCUUUUUUUUAUUUAGAUGAAAGGUACAAGACAAAGACCAUAUGCUUUUGGUACAAGAAGGUCAUAAUCCCUAUGGCCAUUAGAUGUGAUAUCAUGUGGCUUAAGAUGCGUCAUUAACCAGUUUCACAGUCUAACAACAAAUUUCUUGGGCUUUAGGCACACCUUAAGCUGUCGGAUCUUACAUCAAAUAGUGUGGAGUGAUUGUGACCUUGUAAUAUAGAUAAAAGUUCUUAUAGUAUACAAUCCCAUAUUUGAAAGUACAUGUGGAUCUAUAUGUGAUACUCUUAGGCAUUUUGCAGAAAGACUUGGUACAAGAAAGCCAUGGAAGUAGCAAAUCAAUGGCUGAGAUUCGUCGAGUUCCCUCUUGGUCCCGAAAAACCUACAAGGCUGAGGAAAUCUUCUUCCUCUAGGGGCGCCUCUUCCCUCACUAGAGUGUGCCUUUGUGCACCUAUCUCUUCAUACACUGAGGUCUUUAGGGCCGAGUACCCCCCAAGAAGGAGCAAUAGUUGCUCGAGAUCUCGGCCUCUCUCCGUGCCCGAUCAAAAUUACUCUCCGAGAAACGGAAAGAGAGAGAGUACAUCAUCACUUAGUGUUAAUAGAAGGGUUUUUAGGGGAAAAUCUGUAACUGAUAAUUCACUUAUGAGGAGAUUUGUGGUGGAAGAGGAGGCAAUGAUGCAAGUGAGGAGAAGAAAUGAGAUGGAGUUGGUAAGGAGAAGGAGCUCGUUGAAGAGAAAGAAGAUUGGGCCUAGCCCUCUCAGUAGAAUGGUAUUGGCAGAGGAGGUUAAGAUAUUAUAAGUGUUUUUUGCCCAUUUUAUCAGUUUUUUUUCUAUUUUGUUUGGUCUGAAUUGUGGGGUGUAUAUUCUCAUUUUUUUUUAAAAGAUUACUG